AUGGGCAGGAGGCUUUUCAAGGAACUGGAGCGCUCGUACGGUUUCGACGAGGUGGCCAUCGUCCCCGGCCAGGUGACCAUUAACCCUGAGCUCACCUCCACCAAGAUGACCAUUGGCGACCUGGAGUUCGAGAUCCCCAUCAUGGCCUCCGCUAUGGAUGGGGCCGUUUCUCCCCGGUUCGCUGCCCGCAUGCACGAGCUGGGCGGGCUCGCCGUCCUCAACGGCGAAGGCCUCUAUUCCCGCUACGACGACCCCUAUUCCGUCCUCGAAGACAUCAUCGCCACUCCCCAGGCCGAGGUGACCGAGUUCCUGCAGCAGGUCUACUCCGAACCGGUCAAGGACCACCUGAUGGCCGCGCAGGUCCAGGAGAUCAAGAAUUCCGGCGCGACCUGUGCUAUAUCCUUUACGCCCCAGAGCACCAAGCGGAUGUCCCCCAUCGCUGUGGAGGCCGGUGCCGACAUGAUCGUAGUCCAGUCCACGGUCACCACGGCCCGCCACAUGUCCAACAGCUACCGGGGGCUGAUCUUCUCCGAGCUGAUCGAGUCCAUCAAGGUGCCGGUUAUGGUCGGCAACUGCGUAACCUACGACGUGGCCCUGGAGCUGAUGGAGACGGGCAUCGACGGCGUGCUGGUGGGAGUGGGCCCCGGCGCGGCCUGCACGACCCGCGAGGUGGUCGGUGUCGGAGUGCCCCAGGUCACAGCUACCCUGGAGUGCGCCGCCGCCCGCGAGGACUACUACAAGAGCACCGGCCGGUACGUGGCGGUAAUCACCGACGGCGGCAUCCGCACCGGUGGUGACAUCUGCAAGUCCAUCGUCAGCGGAGCCGACGGCGUGAUGCUGGGCACCCCCUUCGCCCAGGCCGAGGAGGCUCCCGGGCGCGGCUACAACUGGGGAAUGGCCAACCCCCACCCCGAGCUGCCCCGCGGCACCCGGGUCAAGGUUGGCACCAAGGGAUCUCUCGGCCAGAUCCUAUACGGUCCCACGUCGGUAACCGACGGCACCCAGAACUUCGUCGCCGCCCUGAAGGUGGGCAUGGGAAUGUGUGGCGCCUACUCAAUCCGCGACCUGCACCAGGCCGAAAUGAUCAUCGCCCCGGCCAUGAAGACGGAAGGCAAGUUCCUCCAGCUCGGCGGGUAG